CAUGAACCGCGCUGCCAUAGAGACGGACUAAAGCCGAUCGGACCUGAGCCGAUUAUAUAGAGUCGAAGAAAGUAUUAAAAUACCAAAAGAUAAAAUAAAAUACAUAUAUAUAUAUAUAUAUAUGUAAAAAUAAAUAUAAUAAAACAGGAGAUCGACUAUGUCAGGCUCGGCAUCGCUGGAGAACAAGGACAAUACUGAAGCUAAUUCUAAGUGGCUGGAUGCUCACUACGAUCCUGUAGCCAAUCUGAACACUUUCUCCUCAUGCGUAGCUCUAGCAGAUUUAAAUGGCGAUGGGGAGAGUAAGCUGGUUGUAGGGGACCUGGGCAUGGGGGGCUGCAAUAUGAAGCUGAAGGUGUACAAGGGAACCACCCUGAUGACUGAAAACGCACUCCUGGAUCUGCCCACGGGGCUGACGGCUUUCCUCAUGGACCAGAAUGAGCCACGGACCCCCGCCAUCGCCGUGGCCUCGGGACCCUUCAUCUACGUGUACAAAAACCUGCGCCCCUAUUUCAAAUUCACCCUGCCCCCCCUCGAGGUCAACUCCCUGGAGCUGGAGGUCUGGAGCCAAGCCAAAGAGGAUAAAAUUGAUCCCGUGACUCUGAAAGAAAUGCUGGAAGGAAUCAGGGGCAAGGCUGAGGUCCCGCUGUCUGUCAGAUCCCUGAAGUUCUUGAUGUUGGAGCCCCAGGAAAUGGAGACAUUUGUCAACCUGUACAAAAAUCAGCCAAUCAAACGGCAGACUGUCAUCACCUGCAUUGGCACUCUGAUGAAGAACAUGGCGGACGACGACGCAGUGAGCUGCCUGGUGAUUGGGACAGAGUGCAUGGAGCUGUAUAUCCUCGACCCCGAGGCCUUCACCGUCCUGGCCAAGAUGGCCCUGCCCAGUGCUCCUGCGUUCAUGGAUGUGACCGGGCAGUUCGACGUGGAGUUCAGGGUCACAGUCGCCUGCAGGAAUGGGAACAUCUACAUCCUGCGCAGGGACUCCAAGAAACCCAAGUACUGCAUAGAGCUGUGCUCCCAGCCUGUAGGGCUGGUCCGGGUGAAUAAGAACAUUGUGGUGGGCUGCACCACUGAAUCUCUGCACGGAUACACUCAGAAGGGUAAGAAGCUGUGGACUUCCUUUCUGCCGGCCCCUAUCACCACAAUGGGAGUCAUGGACCACAAAGCCAGGGGCUACCAAGCCGUGCUGGUGGGACUGGCCAACAGCGAGGUCCACGUGUUCCGCGAAAAAAACCUGGUGAACAUCGUCAAGACCCCGGAUGUGGUGACCAGUAUUUGCUUUGGGCGAUACGGACGUGAGGAUGGGACCCUUAUCAUGACAACGAAAGGCGGCGGUCUCGUUAUUAAAAUCCUCAAGCGCACCGCGGUGUUCGACGAGAAGGAUUCCGCCCCGGGACCCCCCCUGGCUCAGAGCAUCAAGCUGAACGUGCCCAAGAAAACCAAGCUGUACGUCGACCAGACCCUGAGGGAGCGGGAGAACGCAGUGGGGAUGCACAGAGCGUUCCAGAUGGAUCUCUAUCGCCUCAGAGUGAACGCUGCCCGGGCCUAUGUCAAGGUUCUGGAGUCCAGCCUGUCCCCCAUGUCCUCCGGUGUCUCUGAGCCACUCCGAAUGAACGCUGUGGUCCAGGGUCUCGGACCUUCCUUCAAGCUCACCCUGAACAUCCAGAACACCUCCGCGUGCCGGCCGGCGAUGAACCUCUGCAUCAGCUUCCUGUACGAUCACAGCCUCUACUCCAUGAAGACAGCCUUCUUGAAGAUUCCACUGCUGGUGCCAGGACUGAACUACCCCAUUGAUACCUUUGUGGAGUGUCUCAGUGACAAGGGCAUUUCAGAUAUCAUCAAGGUGUUUGUGCUCCGGGAGGGGAAGACAGCCCCCUUGCUCACUGCACACAUUAACAUGCCAGUCAGCGAGGGGAUCGCGAUGAGCUGAGACCCUGGGCAUCCCUCCAGCUGGACUCGACGGUCAGGGGUCCGCCUCGGUGCAACAUCACCUCUCAGAGGAACCUGCAGUUUGUUUGUUGUGUUCAAUACAAACUGUUACUCUGUUACCACCUUGCUGAACUUGUCACUGAAAUGGCCAGAUGCAGGAGACCAUGCUGAACACACACUGAACCAGCAGGGGGGUCACACUCCAGUCCUCAAGGGUCGCGGGGGCAUCUGCCUUUCAUUCCAGCUUAAGCUCUCAAAGUGAUCGAAUUGUUUGUUCUGGACGCUAAAUAUUAUUUUAAGGUCUUGCACACAAACAAAUGCGCUUGACUCAAGGUACACCACCUGCGAAACAUUCUGAGGCCUGGAGAGACGUCUUAAAUGUGUCCAAUUAAUCAAAUAAUUAGCAAUAUUUGAGAGCUCGGGGGUGGAACGAAAGCCAGAAGACACAGCAGGCCCCUCCCGGACCGGAGUUUGACGACCCCCCCACCCUGGACUUGUUACCUGUCAGGGUUCAGUGUGUUACACACAGGGGACAAUUCAUGAUCCAACCUGGUGGUCACAAAAGUUUUUGGUUUAGUUUGCUCUAGCAUACAGCUCUGGCCAAAAGUUUUUUAUCAGCUAGAAUUUUAGGAUUGAGACAUGAUUUAAAAAUUAUAUAUCAAUUUUAGAUCUUUUAUUUACCACGUGUUCAAAGAAAAUGAUACUGGAAAAGCCUACCGGAAACCGUCAUUUCGAAAUGUCACUUUUUUUCCCCCCUUUGUCAAAACUACAAAGCGGUGUGUAAUUCAAUAACGUAACAUUAUUCAGCAGGUUUCAUUCGACUUCAUGAAGCUAGUGUUCAUUCUAAAGGGGGUGGCUGGGAUGCAAAACUUUUGGCAAGGAGACCAAAUCCAAUAUCAAGCUCCUAUAGAUGACGGUGCAGGGCAAGGUAUAUUAACACCUGUACAGUUCAAAUUGUUUUAUUUAUGUGGUUCGGCUGCUUUGUCCUCACCGGUUGGCUUUUAUUAACGUGUACAUAGAUUUAAAAAAAAUAAAAUAAAAAGUACAUCUUAAAGUAA